CGUCGGACUGAAAUUCGAGUAGAUUCGAGUUUAAUCGAAUUGGUCUUACCCAAGGCCGAACAGGCUACAAGUCACAAUGGUAUCGUCGCAGGUUCUCUCAUUACUUCUGCUGUUCCUGGCUGCGCACGGAUCGCAUGCCCAGAAACAACAACAGGAGGACCCUUGUCAAACAAAAUCCAGAGUCGUUGGCGACAUAGAAUACUGUGAUCGUUAUUGGGAAUGUGUCAAUGGCCGUCCAGAAUUAUUCGACUGUCCAAACGGUCUCGUUUUCGCUGGAAAACACCGAGGUGUGACCGAGGGUUGCGAUUAUCCCUGGAGAGCAAACUACUGUGACGGAAAACGUCAGGCGAAUCCACCGAUUCCGGCUGAACACUGUGACUGGCUUUAUGGUAUCUUUGGCCACGAGACAUCCUGUACCCGAUACUGGACCUGUUGGAACGGCACAGCCACAGAACAGCUCUGUAUCGGUGGCCUUUUGUACAAUGAAAGAGCCAGGUCCUGUGAUUGGCCAGAGAACGUCGAAGGAUGUCAAAAGCAUCCUUUGUGUAACGACGACGCAAACGGAAACGUUCCCCUGGGCAAAUCCUGCAACCGCUACUGGCAAUGUCAAGGCGGUUAUCCACGACUACAGAGAUGUCCAGCAAUGCUUGUCUUCGAUCGAAGGUCACUGAGGUGUGUAGUACCACCCACUGAGGACUGCGAUGUACCCACGACGCCACCUAACCUCGAAGGCGAUCUUCCCGAAGGACGAAAUGAACAGGAACCAGAAGAGGAAAAUCUCCCACCAGGUGUUCCCCCAUUGCCAGCUGGUGCACUGCCGAUUCCACUUCGAGCUCGUCCUAGAAAUUAGAAUGUCGAACACUUUUCAGUGAAUCGUUGGUCUUGGAUUGCAUCUAUUCGUGUGAAUAUGUAACGUAAGACACGUUCGAAGGAUCUUGAAAGAGUCGAUUUUGAUGAGACAGCGUGUAAUAGAAGGAUUGCUGAAAAUUGUUAUUAAAAGUUCGGUAUUGUUUCAUUUGAGUUACGAAGUGUCUUGAUAGA